AUGGCCGCUCCUCCUGUCCCCCUCAACCGACUCAAGCAAAUCGCCAGCGAUGUCUGCGCUAGCGCCAUCGGGAAUGCCGAGUUCUACGACCACGCAAAGACGGAGCAAUGGAACUCCACCAUCAUCAACUCGAUGCUGAAAGCCGUCAUCUCCGAGUCCACGCCCCAGGGCGCCUCCUCGCCCGGCUUCAAGUUCGCCUGCAACAGCACCAUCGUCCAGCACCUGGUCCCCACCUCAUCGCUGAACAAGGCCCGCGGCGGCACAGAGAGCAAGGCGGCGGAAGCAAAGGUCUCGACGAGCUCAGAUGCGACGGCGACGGAUGGCAAGCCUCACGUCGGCCGACGAGGAAUGCACAGCGCGACGGGUGCGUACUGGGACGAGAAGAAGGACGGCAUGUGGACCUUCAAAUACGACGGCGGUGAGGGCAAGGGCAUGGACGUCGUCGUCAUGCUCAUCUGGAUUGCCAUUUGA